AGUGUUUUGCUCGACACGCGUCCCGCGAGUAACCGUGCUGCCGUAUCGCUCGCCGUAUUUUGUUUCGUUUGUGAACUGUGUCAUACGUCCGUUUGUUCGUUUUCCCGCCAACUACUUGUUCGACUGCCGUUUUUGUGUUUCCACACCACAUUCUGCCAGCCGGUCGUAUUGGUCGCGUCGUCGGUGAAGUAAACAGAACGCGCGGAAAAAUCGAAAGGUAAGUCGACGUACGUUUUAAUAACAAUAACGGCGAAAUGGAAUCGCCUAGGUCGUAUUGGUUUUGUGUCCUGUCAAAAGGGAAAACCGACAGCGGAGAUAGAAACAAGAAAAAUGAUAAAAUCAGUUGGUUUUUUUUUCACGGGGGUUUUCGCAGGCGAGUUUGCUCGUUUAUCAUGCCGAUAACACGGUAUUACAUCGGCAAAUGAAAAUUGUCUUUUAACAGCAACGCCUCUGAAAUACGGUGAAAAAAUGUCGUUCAGUUGUUUCGGACAGUACGCGCAACCGUAAACAAAAUAAAUAAACGGUCGCACGAAUACAACUAUGUGUGCACACACUUGUUCCCGAUGUUCUCCAACUAUACAGGGUGUACAAUGUUUCAUAAGACGCUCAUCUCGGAGAGUAUUGACUUUUUUUUGAUAUUCGUUUUAUAGAAAAUUUUAGAAACAAGCAGCACUGACGUUUUACAUUCGUGUUAUUUUUCGUCGCCGUAAUUUUUGGGGAUGAAAGUACUGGCCACUUUUGAAUUUAAAUGGCGACUUGUAUUAAACAUUCCAUAAACAGAUCAAGUAGUAGUUAAAAUACAUUUUGUAGUUUAUAUUUUCAAUUUCUGUCAAUCCCUUGACGAGAUUUUCCACAUUUUAAUGUUUUGUACGUGAAAGAGUAGUGGAACAUCGUUUGCGUGACGGCACAGCGCGCGGCGUUUAAGAAUGUACCACACCACUACUCUCCCCCGACCCAAACUUAAAAGUGUAAUAUCUCGUCAACCAAUUAAUGGAAAUUAAAAAUUCAAGCACUGACAUUUAUUUUAACUACUAAUCCAUCUAUUUAUGGAAUUUUUAUUAUAGGUUGCCGUUAAAAAUAGCUCAUAGUUUUAACGUUUAAAUAUGAUGGAAAAGGACACAUAGUUAACAAAUAUUAAUUUUUUUAGAUGGCAGACCAGAUCAAAACCAAGGAGAUGAUCUCAGGCCAAGAAGCAGUGGAGAACAAAGAGCAAAAUGUUGAAUCGGUGGAAAAAAAAGAGAAAGAUGUUGAAUCGGUGGAAAAAAAAGAUAAAGAUGUUGAAUCGGUGGAAAAAAAUGAGAAAGAUGUUGAAUCGGUGGAAAAAAAUGAGAAAGACGUUGAACUGGUAGAAAAUAAAGAGCAAGAUAUUGAACUGGUAGAAAAUAAAGAGCAAGAUAUUGAACUGGUGAAGAAUAAAGAGCAAGAUAUUGAACUGGUGAAGAAUAAAGAGCAAGAUAUUGAACUGGUGAAGAAUAAAGAGCAAGAUGUCGAACCGAUGAAGGAUAAAGAACAAGAUAUUGAACCAGUGGAGAAUAAAGAACAAGAUUAUGAACUAGUGGAGGAUAAAGAAAAAGAUUAUGAACUAGCGGAGGAUAAUGAAGAAGAUUAUGAACUAGCGGAGGAUAAUGAAGAAGAUUAUGAACUAGUGGAGGAUAAAGAACAAGAUGUUGAAAUGGUGGAGAAAAAGGAGCAAGAUGUUGAAUUGGCGAAGAAAUCAAUCUCUAUGGUAAGGCAGUACCACAAUGGUUAAUGUAGGAUACAUAUUUCAUAACUAAAAAAUAUUAAAUUUUUCAGACAGAGGACAAGGAAAAUACCGAGGAAGAGACAACAGAAGAAGAAGAAACAGAGGAGCAACAAGAACCGGAAGAGAAACCAAUGUCAGUAGUGAGACAUUUAAUGUCACUGGUAGAGCAGACAAAGGAUGAAAUAAAAACGGUUUUGCUUGGUAAACGCAAGGCACAAACUUCUUCAAACAAAGAUUCAUUGGAUCAGGAAAAACCUCAAGGGUCCGAAAAAAGGCCCUACCCGCAUGAUUCGAAACAAAUCGAGAUGGCUAAGAAAGAGCCUCAUAUAGAUUUAUCAGACGAAGAUGAUGUAAUUUCCUUAUCCGAAUAAAUGUAUUAAAGUACAUCAUUUAUACUGCAACGUCUUGCAACUACUCAAUAUGAACAUAACAGUGGAGGAAAUUCCUCAUCAUAUUAUAUUAAUCAUAUUAUUUUGUCUAUUGAAAUCAUCAAGACGUGUUUAAUACAUUUUUAAACUUAUUUUAAGGAGU